CUCAAUCCUGAUUGGAUGUCAGUGUCCUUUUGUUAUGGCGAAGGUGGAUCCCGGAGCUUUGAGAUUGGACUACUGGGGGGGCGGUGGCGGCUAAUGCGCAGGCGUAUAUUUUCGAGUCAGGAUUGGCGGGUGAGGGGCCGGGAUGAGGCGGGACUCUUCUCUCGGCGCACGUUCUGUGACCGGAGUGGGCGGAGCUGCCGGUGUCAGUUGGUCCAAGUGUCCCCGCCCGAGGUGUCGGCUGCAUCCCUCUCUCUCCCGGCCCCUCCAGCAGAAGACCAUUCAGCAAGGAUUUUUUAUCGAAGGCCCAAAAGUUUGUUACCCAAGAUGAUGAAUGCUGACAUGGAUGCAGUUGAUGCUGAAAAUCAGGUGGAACUGGAGGAAAAAACAAGACUUAUUAAUCAAGUGUUGGAACUCCAACACACACUUGAAGAUCUGUCUGCAAGAGUAGAUGCAGUUAAGGAAGAAAAUCUGAAGCUAAAAUCAGAAAACCAAGUUCUUGGACAAUAUAUAGAAAACCUCAUGUCAGCUUCUAGUGUUUUUCAAACAACUGACACAAAAAGCAAAAGAAAGUAAGGGAUUGACACCCCUCUGUUUUAUGGAAUUGCUGCUGAUUAUUUUUUCUUUAAAACUUGGAUAGAUUCCAAAAGUUACAGUACCUUUGUUUGUGGCUUCAUUGAAUAUUUAUGAAAUAAUGUCAGAUGUAGACAAAAGUAACACAAUAACAGGAGACUUCCAUAAGUUUGUGUAUUAUGUUAGUCUAUGAAAACGUGCAAAUGUAUUGUAGAGACUUUAUAAUUAGAAUUGCAUAUAUUUAUGAAACUUAAAAGAUGAAUGUUUUAUCGAAUUUGUAGGUUUAACACUGUCUUUUAUUAUAGGAUUAGUAAGAUAUACAAGAAAAUAACCACCAUGUUGUGAAAAAGUGACCAAAAUCAUGUACUGAAUGCACAGCUUUAUGUACCCUGUCCACCAUCUUGUGCCUCUUCUCCAUUUGCCUCUUCCUUCCUAUUUCCCUUCCCUGAAGGAAAAAACUGGUUUCACAUUUGUAAAAGUAAUUUUAAUAGUUAAUCAUCUCUGAGAGUAACCUGUAUUUUAAUUGUUGAAACUUAACCAAAAUGAGAUCCUGUCACAGCUAGGGCUUGUCAUUUGUGAUAUUUAGUAUUAAGAUAAGAAUGCAGAUUUCUCUUUAAUAAAUUGGAAAUAGAUGGAGGCUAAAAAUGAAGGUUUUUCUUUGAAACUGAAUGAACUUGGGAGUAUUUGUUGUUAAUAACUUCUUUUUGCACAAAGUAACUCAUAUUAUCUGAAAAUACAUAAUUUCUGGUUAUGUGUGUGCUUAAAAUAGAAAAUUUAGAGGAAAAAUAGAAAUGGGGUGGAGAAGUACUUGGUAAACAGUAGUAACCAACUUCAAAUAUUUUCACUCCAGAUUUGUGUUUUCUCUGGCACAGACUAGAUCUUUUGGGAAAUAUGUAUGAAAGUAGAUUAAGUUUGACUCUCCUUAUGUAAGCCACAUCUGGAUGAGAACAUUUACACUUUGGUUUCUAAGUUUAUUCGUACGCAGCAGAUCAACUUUUGCAAAAUUCCUUAACAGUGUAUUAGUAUUAGAAUAGUGAAUAAAAUGGGAGAGUUUUACAUGUAUUCUGAUUAUCUUGCUCAGUAUUUUAUCUCACUUGUUCUAGAAUUUUCUGUAAACUCUGCUACUUGAAGACUUUUAGUCAUCCUUUAACAAUUUUUCAAAAUUUAGUUUGUAGGUUCCAUUUGGUAAGGAAAUCAAUACUGGAAGUAAUGCUAAAAUCUUAAAAUAGGAAAAGAGAUCCACUAAUACAGCUUAUGGUUAUUAGAUGUGGGCUACUUUUAAUCAUGAAUAAUCUUAUGUAUUGGUGUAAAAGCUGAUGAAUGACUUUAGCUGUAUGAAUAUAUAAUAGUAAAACUGCAAACAUUUUGCAUCCCUUUUGUGACCUAAUUUACAGACAUUUAAUUGUGUUGCAGUUCUGCUUUGCUGUUUAAUAAAAAGCUGUUUCAGA